GAUUGUAACGCAAAAAAUUUCAAAUGGAUCAUCAGAUUAUAAUGAUGAUGACCAUUUACCAUUAUCACCAUCAUUAACGCCACCUAUUUCAUUAUCACCGGUAACAUCACCACAACCAUCAUCAAUAUUAUCAUCAUCAUCAUCAUCAUCAUCGAUAAUUACCACUCUAGACUGUGAUGAUCGAUUCAUUAAAAUUGAAACAAUGAAUAAUUCGGAAACGGUAGCAGCUACUACUACUACAAUGGCCAUAAAUUUACCUUCAAUUCAUCAUCAUCGAAAAUAUCAAUCAUCACCAUCAUCAUCUUUAUAUCAACAAUCAAUACCAACAAUUAAUGAACAAUGUAUAAUCAAUACACAACUUGCCAAUCAUCAAUCAUUACGACAACAGGAACAAUCAUAUCAGAAUAAAAUUUUAUUAGCACAAAAAAUUCUUAAAAUAAUUAAAAAUGAUGAUUAUGAACAAUUUGCAAAGAUAUUACAGUAUACAAAACCAGAUUUAAAUGUUUUCAUUAAUGGUCAAACAGCAUUACAUUAUUGUCUUUUAUUAGGUCGAGAUGUUUCAUGGUGUAAAUUAUUAGUAUUGAAUGGUGCAAAUCCAAAUUUAUCAAAUCAAGAUGGCUGGCAUCCAUUACAUUUGGCUGCAUUUCGUGGUCUAAAAGAAAGUGUCAAUUAUUUGACCAAUUGCAAUAAUAGUUUUUAUCAUCAUGAUAAUAAUCUAAUAACAUCAAAUAAUAAUAACAAUGAUGAAACGACAACAACAAAUUUAUAAUAAUCAUGAUUUUUAUAAUCUAAAAACGAAUAAAAACGUGGAAAUCUCGUUUGUCUCUCUAUGUGAUAAUAUCAAUAAUAAUCAUCAUGAAACCAUUCUCAUAUAUCCAUUCAACAUUCGACAACAACAACGACCAAUUUUUUCUUUGUACAAAAUAUUUUUCCAAUUCAUUUUAUUCAUAACAAACAAAAAAUUCUGUAUGUAUACAAAUAUGAAUUUUUAUCAACAAAAUGCACCAACGAUUCACACAUCACAUCAAUUGAAUUUUUCUCUACUUGAAUCACAAAAAAAAUGCACAUACAUUUGUAAAUAUAAAUCUGUUAUUGUUUUGUUUCAAUUUU